AUGAGUGCUCCGACGACGCCGAGCAAAGCUAGGUCGGGCGGCUCGGGCUCAGACUCACCUGCUUUUGCGAAUGGUGCGAGUCCCACGGUGACCUACAAGCCAUAUGUGCCUGGACAGAGCAAGCGAUCGUCUCUUCCAGCCAGCUCAGGCCAAAGCGUCUUCGGGGCAAGUCUCGGACGCUUCCAAAGUGAGCUGUCUGCUGGUAGUAGCUCACGAACUCUCGGCUCCGCCUAUCUGCCCACGUCAAAUGCCACCAAUGGCGCUUUGACGCCCGUGCAAGCCGGCAAGCGCCCGGAGACAGGACCUGCAUUCUUGCGCCCUGCCCAGUUCGAAACUGAACGAAACGAGUCAGUCUCACUAGCGUCCCUCGGUGGAGAUGCACAGGCAUUCUUCACUUCAGGCGCAAAGCCCAACAAGCCCGAUAGCGCCCCGAAUGGGCCGCAUUCGCGAUCACAGUCUGUCGCUGUGCAAUCAGCCCGUUCGGUCUCGCCUGCACGCAGCAGUCAGGCAGUCGUACAGGCGCCGAUAGCUCGAUCUCAGAGCGCUCAUCAGAUGCUUGCAACAUCUUCAUUGGAUGCACCCUCUAGAUCUGGUCAGUCGACGCCGCGGCAAGCGACUCCGCCGGUCGCGCGGUCCGUGAGUCCUCAAAAGUCAGCCAGUGUCUUGCCUGUCGAUAGCGCACGGUCUCGUGAGACUGUUCAAGUGCAGCCAGACGAGCGCUCGCAUAGACGGACAGUCUACCGAGCUGGAUUCCAACCCAAUGGCGUCUAUCGCAAUCGCAUGGACGAAUUGCUCUCGAGUCGUAACGCCAAAGGCGAAGGACGUAAGCUCGAAGAAUCGCGCAUCGUUCGGCGGCUCGACAAGCUCAUCGAGCUCCAUACUGCUCCCGUGAUUCCGAGCGAGCCUGGCGCACCGUCAAUGCCACGGAAUGGCCUAUCGUUUCGUUCGCUUACAGAUCUACAAAAUCUGCGACGCAAAACGGCUGGUCAAGUCUGGGACGAUGUCCUGAGAGGCGUACGAGGCAGCAAAGACGAGAUCAAAAGUGCAGAGCAGAAGAUUGUCAAAUGGCAGGAUGACGCCUCUGUACAGAGAUGCCCCAUCUGUCUGGCGUCCUUCUCGCUGACAACCCGAAAGCAUCACUGCCGUACUUGCGGACGAGUGAUCUGUUUCCUGCCGCCCACCACACCAUCAUCCCUUCUGCCUCCCGGCACGCCAGCUCCGCUCAUCACUCGCUCACGCCGCUGUUCGACAUUCAUCACAUUCGAAAUACAACCAGCACUCAUCCAGAAAGGCCAGCGCAUCAUCGAGACCGAAGUGGAUAUCACCGGCUCGAUCGUAGGAACUCGGCCGGGCGAAAAGCUCCACGGCGCGCCUAUAGUCAGAAUUUGUCAGGAUUGUCUGUCGACUGCAAUGCGUCAACAGACCAUGAGCCUGACUACGCGCGCACCCACAUAUUUGCGCCUAUACGAAGUCCUGCUGCAGCUUCAGAACGAGAUAGAUAGCUCACUUCCUGAGCUGCAAGAGAUGAUCAUGGGCUUGCAGCGAGAUUCAGCUCAUCUUACGUUGGGUAGUACUGCCAAUGCGACGCCGGUAGCACAGAGGGACGCCCUGGCUGCACGGAAGAGUAUCAUGUCCAAUCUAGCGUCGUACGACUCGAUUGCACGACGCAUCAAGGAUUUGCCACUUGCAGAUGGUGGUCAGCCAGGUGGCAGCCAAGACAGGAUACAGCGGGCCAUCUCUUCACGAGCUCAGCUCUUCCUACACGAUAAGAUGGCUCUCCUCAAGGGCCUCAACAUGCAGGAUCUCGAAGGACCGCGUCGCAAGCCAAGACGUGGCAACACUAAAGCAGACUCCGAUAAUCAACAGACGAGCCAGCAACAUUCGGCUCGGACGACCGAUGCCGAAGUGGGCGACCGCAAAGCGGUCCUGCUCGAACAAGCGCAACUCGUGGAGACUAUGCUCGCCGACGCCAAUGCCAGGCGACAGCUCGAAGACGCAGCGGCCCUCAAGACUAGUCUGAACGAACUGCAUGCGAGCAGAGAUCAAGUUCUUGUCAUGAUGGCGUAUGCAUCUGUUGCUACAACGUCACGCGCGAAGCGGACAUACAAGCUGCGUUGCGCCUUUUGA